UGUGUGUGUGUGUGUGUGUGUGUGUGUGCGUGCGUGCGUGCGUGUGCCUUGCCUUUGUGCUUGAGAGAGUGAAAUUGUAUUGGGGAGUCGAACUGUAGUAACAGCAGCUCAUUUUCCUGUGCUUGCAUUUGUUAUUUCACCUCGCCUCUCUUUUCCCCCUGUGCAAUGGAUGGGUAUUGGGCAUCUGGAGAGCCUCCUGUUUCCUCCUCUUCAUUUUGCCAUACUACAAUGAGCAGUUCCACUCCAUCCACAGCUAAUGGCAACGACAGUAAAACCUAUAAAGGAGACCGAUCUCCCUGUGGCCCCUCCCGCGUCCUCCACGUCCGCAAAGUUCCCAUUGAAGUGUCAGAGGCAGAGGUCAUCUCACUAGGAGUCCCUUUCGGCAAAGUCACCAACCUGUUGAUGCUCAAAGGGAAAAAUCAAGCUUUUAUAGAAAUGGCUUCUGAGGAAGCAGCCAUCACCAUGGUCAAUUACUACACCGCAGCCACGCCUCACGUCCGCAACCAGCCCGUCUACAUCCAGUAUUCCAAUCAUCGUGAGCUCAAGACUGACAACCUGCCCAACCAGGGGAGAGCUCAGGCUGCUCUUCAGGCUGUCAAUGCAGUGCAUUCUGGGAAUAUGAGUCUGUCUGGGUCUGCGACGGCCAGUGAUGGUGGCAUGAUGCAUGGACAGAGCGCUGUGCUUCGCCUCAUAGUAGAGAAUCUCUACUACCCAGUGUCUCUAGAAGUGCUACACCAGAUCUUCUCAAAAUUUGGAACAGUCCUGAAGAUCAUUACAUUCACCAAGAACAACCAGUUUCAGGCUUUGCUACAAUAUGCAGACCCAAUGAACGCGCAUCAUGCCAAAGUGGCUUUGGAUGGGCAGAACAUCUACAAUGGCUGCUGCACUCUGCGUGUGGAAUUCUCCAAGCUGACCAGUCUGAAUGUGAAAUACAACAACGACAAGAGCAGGGAUUUCACACGCCUAGACCUACCCUCAGGAGACGGGCAACCUACGCUGGACCCCACCAUGCAGACCGCUUUUGCUUUUAAACCUCCAGAAUUCCCCAUAGACUUCCAUUGGGCUCCUGGGAUAAUUUCCUCGCCAUACCCCGGGGCGGCUGGUUUCGCCCCUGCUAUCGGUUUCCCUCAGGCAGUGACCCUCUUCCCCUCUUCGCACUGGUCAGGUCUGUCUAUGCAGACGAUGCCUGGUGCUCUGGGGCCCCUCACCAUCCCCUCAUCAGCAAUGACUGGACGGAUGGCCAGUUAUGGAAUGGCCCCCACCAUCAUCCACUCUGUGCUCCUUGUCUCCAACCUUAACCCCGAUACUAUAUCACCGCACGGGCUCUUCAUUUUAUUUGGAGUCUACGGUGAUGUCCACAGAGUUAAGAUUCUGUUCAACAAGAAAGAGAAUGCCUUAAUACAAAUGGCAGACGCAACACAAGCCCAGCUCGCGAUGAGUCAUCUGAACGGACAGCGUUUGUACGGUAAAGUGAUCCGCGUGACCAUCUCGAAGCACCAGACGGUGCAGCUCCCUAGAGAGGGUCAGGAGGACCAGGGCUUGACCAAAGACUUCAGUGGGAGUCCUCUGCACCGCUUCAAGAAGCCCGGCUCCAAAAACUUCCAAAACAUCUUCCCCCCCUCAGCCACCCUGCACCUCUCAAAUAUCCCUCCUUCUACCACGGAAGACUUUCUGAAAGACCUGUUUGCUGUUUCUGGAUACACGGUCAAGGCCUUCAAGUUUUUCCAGAAGGACCGCAAGAUGGCACUGAUCCAACUGGGUUCGGUGGAAGAAGCCAUCCAGGCUCUCAUUGACCUCCACAACCAUGACCUGGGAGAGAACCACCACCUGCGAGUGUCCUUCUCUAAAUCCACCAUCUAGCAUCCCCUUCACUACAAACCCUUUCCCCAUCCUCCCCAAUCCAGCCCUUCUACCUUCUACUAGCAGUCUGACUGUUUCCAUCAGAGAAACGAAGACUGACUGACGAACUAUUGAAAAACAUUACAAAUAUUCAUGGGGUAGUUUUAGAGAUUUUCAAGAAAAUAAAAAAAAAUCGAAGAAAAAAAGAAAUAAGAGACUACUGCUGAACCUUUAGAUGGACUUGAGAGUGAAUUUGUGUUACUCUCAAGCAACCAGGGCUGGAGAUACAUGGAAUAUCCAUGACAAUGUGACGUUUUUGGGAGCUUACGCAUUGAUGAAGUAGCACUGCCUCUAUAGUCUUUUGCAGGUCACCAGCUUAAGGACAUUUGUUGGCGUAUUAUGACAAACCGACACAAGGAACAUUCUCAGAAAUUGAAAGUCAAGGCUCGAGAAGAUUCUUCUUUCUUGACUUGCCGAAAGCAUUGGAGACUGACACUUCUGUAGCCCAAUGGCCUUGUUACACCUGACCUAGGUGAGGGCGGAGUCUCUUCCUCUGUGCCUCCUCCCCAAAACCUGACACCUUCACACUCAGUGGUGGUUUCAAUGGAGCAGCCCACUUUGCAUUUCCUGUGGGAUAUGUUGGAUGCACGGUCACUGUUUGAAUGUCGCUGAUGUCAUUACAAGGUGCUGCUGGAAUACAAAUACAUCUGUAGCGACGGCCCCCAACCAGUGGGCUUGCCCUUUCCUCUGAGUAGCAUUAAAAUAAGAGUGCUGUGGAUUCACGAAUGAGUUCAUUUGAAAUUCAAACGUAGCUGCCUCAGCUUACGAACCUUUUGUUGUUUCAUUGGCACUUUGGUUGAUUUGAAAGACAGGCACUGCAGGGGAAUGUUGUUUUGGAUCCUCAUAUCUGUUUAAUGUGCAAAGACGUAUAGCCAGACGGUAGGCGUUUGUGAAUAGAUAGUGAAUGGCAUUUUUUCUUUCUUGUAUAAUGGAAGUUUUAUAUUGGACAGACCGGCCUGUUGGCUUCCGGCACCUGCAACGCUGUCAGAUUGCAUCUGCGCACAACUGGUGUGUGAUGUCAACUGUGAGUCCAGUCAAUCAGGUUCCUCAAUGGAGAAACCAUGUAAACGCACGAUCAUUCCGGAAAAAUUACGGCCAGCUGUCAAUCUUACUGGAACACUCCAAUUAGCCAUGCCCAGCCUGAUGGGAGGCCCCACCUCCUCUCAAAUUAAAUUAUCUGAAUGUCAGUGGUGUAAGCAUGUAAUCUAGAUGGGAAAUUGAUUAUUCCUCCAUUCUGUUGCCCCCUUCCCCUUAGUUGAGCCUUUUUCUUUCUUUUUUCUUGUUUUUCAUCUUUCCACAAGGAGCUGAUUAUCUUUUUUGCAUUCUAUCAUUCCUCUGCUCUGUCCACAGGUGUGAGCGUUUGCAGCAAUGGGCUUGGUAGAAAGUCAUGGAGCCCAUUGAAUCACAGCAAAAAAAGAAGGUGGAUGUUUCUUUUGCCUUGCAGUCCCAUAAUGCCUCUACAUCUGAGCAAAUCAAAUAUGAAAUGAAAGAGUAAGACUGGAUGACAGAGAGAUCAUACAUGAGCUCUGUUCCAAAACCUAAUGUACUGCUAUAUAAUCGAAUGCUUUCUAAGGCAGUAUCCUAACUGAAAUGGGACCUCAUGGGGGCCAUUCAAACAGUACAUGUUCUUGUAUUUCGUCUGCGCUAAUCGUUUAAUUGUUUGUCUAUGCGUGUCAAAUUGACUUUGUAAAAGUCCAGUGUUUUGCUCCAUUCUGUUGUGCUCUGCUAAGCUGUUUUGAGCGAAACACGAUUGAUUCCAAUUGAGUUUGAUGUUGGCAUGUUGCUAAGCUAAAAGCACCAUACUCAAAAAUAUAAGCAGAAAUAUUAGGGCUGUCGAUUUAGUGCAUUAAUUUAGUACAAUUCAUUAUAUAAAUUUUUUUUUACACAAUUAAUCAUGCCCCCUGACACUCACUUAAAUUCUAUACAGAUUUUUCUACCAUCAUAGCAAUUCAAGUUUGAUGUACAGGUUUUUAUGAGCUGUGUCAGCAGGGGUCAGUCAGCGCACCUCAACAAACCUCAAGCAACGCAGCCACAGAAUGAGAGCUGGAAAAAGCACAACAGAAUACACGGAUCUCGCAAUUUCAACUGCUUUUAACCUGAUACAGCAUUGUAAAAAUGUGGCGUUAGUGACAUUGAAACCAGUGAUACUUCAAAAGCAUCCAUCUGACGUAUAUGUACACAGAUGGACAGUUGAAAAGCACAAACGUAACUUAAGAAUGCAUCCUUUGAGAACAGGACAGAUUGACGAACUCAGUUGCUAAAUGGAUUGCUGUCGACUGUAGGCUUGUUCAAUGGUAAAAAAACAAAAAACAUAUUGACUUCUAAACCCACAUUUUGCAUUGUCUAAUAAAAACAAUUUCUUGUCUGCCACAAUAAUAUAAUAUAUUUCAAUCUGAAUAUUUAAAUAUAUUAUAUAUAUUAUAUUUAUUAUUAUUUGAAUUAUUAUGAUUUAUCUUUAUUUGGGGGCCUUUCUCAGCAAAUUAAUUUAAUUCAUAAUUCGACUAGUAAUUAAAUCGAUAAAAAUUUUUUGAUUGAAAGCCCUAAUAAAUAUAAAUAGCGCACACACACAAAUAUUGGCUAAAAUAGUCGUUUUUAAAAUUGAACUGUUUUAUUGUUAUUUUUCAUUAUUGAAUAAAAUAAGUAAAUUAAAAUGACCUUGUCGCAAUGCAGCGCAAAGGAUGCUGCCUUAGGUUACGUCCACACCAAUCCGUUUAAAGUUGAAAACUCUGUUUUCAGUUUCUUAAUGUCAUAGGAAAAUAAAGUAUGCGGUUAUGGAGAGCAUUUUCAAAAUGCUCCAUUUUCGGUGGAGAAAAACACCGUCCUAGUGUGAAUGAGAGGCGUAAACAUAACGAAAUGAAUGCAUUUUCAAAUGAAAGUGUGUUAGUGUGGACGUGUCCUUAGAAUUUGGCCAAAACUAGGUAUCUUAGAAGGCAACGUAAUGUUGCUGUCUACCUUUUGGAUCCGCCUUCACGUCGGGAGCACACCUGUGAUGCCUUAAAAAGCUGGGCAGCUCACUAGGUUUUAGAACAGAGCCAUGGUGUGCACAUACAGAAGCUAAGCAGUCUUAGCAAUUACAUUGUGUAUUUCUGCAUUUGUUUGUGUGUGUGUGCAGUAUUAGUAUACUAUUAGUGGCUGCACCAGGUAUAGUAUACAUGAGUAUAUGAGUCUCCCUAUUGCAUACAAGCGAGGUGCUCUCUCAUUUUGCAAAGAUCUGGCCUUAACAUUCCAAGCAGAGUCGCAGUCGACCCAUUGAGUAGCAUCUAAAGGGAGCCGUUUCUGUGCCUGUGUGCUCAAUCCUCACUUAUCAAAAAAUUAUCAUGUAAAUGCAAGGCAAGGGACACCCUCUGUUUUUUUUUUUGUUUUUUGUUUUUUUGACUGAUUCACCUGAAGCGAUUUGAAACUUCGCUUUCAAUUCUCAAAGGAAAUUGAAUUUUGUUGAAGUUUACAGUCUUAAAGCAAAACUAUUCAGGUCUAUAUAACUUAAGGAUUGUCAUGACUUUUUGAAAAAAAAAAAAGAAGUUACUUAUUUUUGGUAAUUUGUUCUUUUUUACGGAACAGGAAAAAAAUUAAAUUUGAAACCUCAUCGGGUUUUUGUACCACUAUAAUCAUUCAAGAAAUCAUGGUGUGAAAAAAAAUCAUAUUUACUGUGUAUUUUCCUAAUUUUCUUAUUACGUGCCUUAUUAUGUGUUCAUAAUCAAAUAGGUUUUAGAAAUGUUACCUAAAAUAUCUUAUAUACUAUUUUGUGGGAUUGGUGAGAGGGUUUAUUUGAUUUUUAUUUGAUUUGAUUUUUUGUUGUGUAGCUCUUCUAGAUGUGUAUUUUUAUGGGGACUCAGUACCAUGUGGUCGUAAUAUGAUAUAAGAUGUAAGUUAUGAUGUAUGGUGCUGUGAAUGCUCUUAUUAGAAAAAUGAACGGUGAACUCUACAAUGUUCAGAGCAUGCUGUGGGUCUCUCCUCUCCCUUGUAGUUGUGUUUGUGUGUGUGUGUGUGUGUGUACAUACAGUAUGUGUGCUUGACCUGCGUACCAUUGUUACAUAUGGUGUUUCUAGGCUGAAAAAGUUGUUCCUCCAACUCUGGCAUAUAUUUCUAGUGAUCAAAGAUAAUGGAGGUUUGCUGUAGACAAUUUUUUUAUGAUAGAAGAGUGUGAAUUUAUGAAAACACUGUCAUGAGCACAUUGGUAUAGUUUUCGUUUAUAUAAUGUAUUAUAUCACCUAUAACUUCCCCUUUAAUGCUUCAGCUUUUAAAUCCAUUGUAAGACAUCUUCGAUAAUCUUAUUUCUGUUUUUUAAUUAACUUAAGUGUACACUCCCAGUAAGUGCAGCCUGAAUUCUACAUAACAGCUAUCCAAUCCCUUUUAAUUGAAUGUGUAAUCCUCAAAUGUGCUGGACUACUUGAAACUGAGAAAGUAGUUAUUUAUUGCUUGUUUUCUUUAUGCUUAUCAGAAAUUUGCAUGUGUUAUUAGUGUGUACACUGUCCCGACAGAGUAUUUGGAAUCUUAAGCCAUAUACAUAGAACAAUCACAAAAUUUGAAUCUGAAAUUUGUUCAUUUGAAAUCUAUACGUGACAUUAAGAAAAAGUUUUUUUUGUGGCACAUUUUAUAAAUUAGUUUUUUUUAAAUAGUAUUACAGGUUAAAAUUUUCAGAUUAAGAAGAAAUUCAGAACUCCAAAUACAAAUGUCUCACAUUCAGUUCUCAGUAAUUCAGAUCAUAAACAAACUAGGCCAAGCAAAGCUGGGUUAUUUACUUGGACCAGCCAGUGGUCAGCACGGCGCUGACCAAACAGACCCGAACCUAAUUUUCUUCUUAAUCGGAAAAUUUGAACGUGCAAUUUAAUAAUCUGACUUUUUACAACGAAUUCCUUCCCUAAAAUAUUCAAAACUAAAAGUCUGCUCUUUAAAUAUAAAAAUCACAUAUAAUCGCAAUGAUUUUGCUGACAAUAUAAAAUUAAGCAAUAUCAGGGCUGCACAAUGAAUCAAAAUAACGUCAGAAUCGCGAUAUAGUCAUGUAAAUAUUAAACCGCAAAAGGCUGUGAUUGUAUUACAUUUGCAUUUCAGAAAGAACAGGUGACGCUCUGUGAUUCGUUGUUUUCACCACUCUCAGAGUGGUUUGUGUGCAUUUAUUAGCAAAGCACUGCAGGUUUACACAUUUGCGUAAUUCCAAACAUUUGUAACCGAUACAAUUUAUAAUACAAAUCUAAAAAUGUGACACAGUAUCACAAAAAGUAGAUGACAGCGUUUCACCAGAUUUGGAAUGAGGAACAUUAAACUGUCAAAUACGCAUGGCACUUUCCAAACUAAAAGCUCCAGGUAAAAUAAAUAUGACAAAUAGAUUACUAUAGUAUAAAACAAAUCUAAUCCUUAAAAUAAUCAUAAUAAUUAUUCAGUGUUAUAUUAUAAUUAUAAAUUUGACUGGGUCCCACAAUAAUAAUUCAGUAUUGUAUAAUAUUCAACUUUCAAAAGUGAGUUAAAUAGAAGUAAUUGCACACCCUGUUCAUUAAAAAAAGAACUUUUUGUAAAAAUAUAUGAAGGCAAAACAUAUUUUUUAUUAGGCUACUAUGUAUCAUUGUAUAUGGGUGCAUUUAAUUGAAAAUGAUUAUGUAUUUUAUAUUUAUUUAGUGAAAAAAAGAUUUUUAAUCAAACAUUAAACAUUUUGAAUAUAUUAUCAAUUGGCUAAAAAAUAUCGCGAUAUAUGUCGGCCAGCCUUUUAUGCUACAGAAAAUCUUCGGUUUUGUUAACUGUCUAGAUUCAAAUGAACAAAUUUUAGAUUCAGAUACUUUAGUCAUUGUUUUAGUUCCAUAGCAGGACCAGCUAUUUACUAUUGAUACAAAAAAUAUAAAAAUAAAAAUAAAAUUUAAUACAUAUUUUUGCUUAAUAUAAUAUAAAUUGACCCCAUAAAGCAAAAUGUUUGCAGAAGAGUCCAUGGAGACCCAGAAGCCCACAGCAUCCACUCUGAGUGUUCAGGUCUGCCUUCCAUUUAAGUAAUGAGUGAUGCUGUUGUCUGAGACUUGCACCUGUGUGUGUUUGGAGUUGAAUCUUAUUUACUGUAUCUUAUAUUCGAUUCAUUUUAGGGGUUUUGUUCUUGCUUUGUUGUGAUACCCGUUUUUUUCUUCCCUUAUUUGGGUUGUUAUUCUUUUAUUAAGAGUGUGGAAACUGGUUCAAGAUUGUUGUCUUUCACUUUGCCUCUUCUCAACAGCAGUUUUGAGUCUGUAGUAUACAAGUAUCCACGGAUUUAUGCGAAUGGCAGCGCAAAAUGGAGAAAUGUUCUCCGAUUACUAAAAUUCAGAUCCAUUGGAAGCAUUUAGAAGUUUAAAUGUAUGCAGCCGUGUAGCAGAACAUGGGUUAGAGCGGGCCAAAAUCUGCGUCCGGCUGAGAUGCUUUUUUAUUUAUAAACAGGAGAAAAGCCAGACUCCAUUAUUGUGUCACAGAAGUCACAAGACACCUCAUAACCGUCAUUUUCCAAAAUAUUUUCCAAACAUGUCUUGACUCAGGCAACAACGUUUCGCUGUGUUGUAAGACACAUUUUAUUGUCAAUAUCCGCGGUCACUCAAACGGUUACUCACGCGUACGGAUUUUCCAGGUUUUUUACUGAAAAAGUCACAAAUAAUGCAGGACCAAAGUUUAUGUGCCUUUCAUCUAGCUUAUUUGUAACUUAUUUCCUUGCUGUAUGUCAGAAACCAACAAACUUCUUGUAUUUUACACUCUUGAUCAUUGUUACAAGCCUGUUUUUCGCUGAGAAAUACAUGUCCCGCCGUCUGUUCUUGGUUUGUUUCCCUCAAAACUCAAAAGGUCAAGCCAUAUGCUUUCCCCACAAACUAGGCUCAUUUGCAAAACUGAAUGUGUUACCAGGCCCUUAUCAAUUCAUUUGAACAGCCUUACUCGCAUUAACAGCUUCUUAUAGUCGCGAUGAUUCUCGUUAAUUGUAGAUAUCACUUAUCUGGACAAAAAGGGGGGAAUUCACUGAAUGUUUUGCGCCCAUUGCUAACGUUCUCUAUUUGCCAGCCUGAUCUCAUUAAAAUUAUGUGACUGUGGCAAAAUUUUUGCAAAAUGAUAUCAUUACGUGGGUCAUUGCACGUAUCGCAGCAGUUUUGAGGUGAAAUGUCCACUGGGUGGCGCUAAAAGAGAGUUAAAUGUUUUCCCAAACAGAUGAGGUUUUUAAGGUUAAUGCUCUAUUUAGUUUUAACUCAACAAAACCGAUGUCCAUACCCUAAACCUUAAACCUAAACCUAACCGAUAGUGUCAGGAAAAAGCAAAUGUAAAAAAAAGACGCAAUUGCUGAAGCAACCACAUCAUUUUGUGGUUAUUAUGACACUUUCCGCUCACGUGUCGACUCACAUGCUCUUCAGGACUUGUACCCCGGUCCUUUGCCUCGCAUUCGCAAGUGCAACACUCUUUCAGUUGAGCUACUGCAAAAUUGAUCGCACUCGAACAAGCUUGUACAUGAGUUGGUUAUGUUAAACAAACGUUUAAAUGUAUCGCCUUAUAAAUCGUGCGCUAUAAUAUAAAUGUUUAGACGUCAUAAGAUGGAACUGUGUGAGGAACAGGGCGAAAAGUAAGUAUUCAUCAACUGAUAAUCUGCCUUUUUUCUCGUGAUUCGUGUGAAAGGAAACAAAAGUCGUUGUUUUACCGCCUCUAGAGUUUAUUUCACCAGGAAACUGACGUGAUGCAUACAAGCCAUGUAAAAAUAAUUUUGCAAAAAUGUAAGUAACGUGAUUUUAUGAGACCCAUUUGUUAUUUGCAUGCACAGUCUGCAUUGUUUUAGCACCCUAAAGGUUUUGCAGAAUUAAUUAUGCAAAUCAAGUAACGGCACAAACACAGGCAAAAAAAGUGCGGCAUGCAAUUUCCGCAGCACAAUCCCACAUUUUACACUAGAAAAGUAAACAAACGUCUGUUUUAAACAAAAUGUUGUGUACCGUCUGCUUGCAGUGGGCGAUAAUAGCGCAACGUUAAUUGUUACAGGCAAAUAGUGCAAAAAGAUAAUGGCUUAAUUGAAAUACUUACGACACCAGUGCAGAUAGGGUUUUAUGUUAAAAUACCACAGCAACCAUUUAGUGAAUUCGCCUCAAAAACGAUACACUUUUGUAUUUUUUCUUCAUAAAUUCCAUAAAAAAAGCUUUACACUAAAAUGUAUAAGACCAUAACGAUAAUACUUGAUCAAAUUGGAACUGAUGUAGAAUUACUCUGAAGCAACUGAAAUAAUUUAUUAUGAUGCAAUCGACCCUUACAAUCUUUCAAUUUCAGCUAUAACGUUUUCUGUUUCUCAUGACUAAAUUUUAUGGGCUAUAAUUAUGUUCAAUGAACUGUGUGAUUUGCAUAAAAGGGAGGGGCUGGACUAAAUUAGCAUAUGAGGUGUGGCUCAAGCACAGCGCACAUAUAGAAGUGCCCGAGUUUACCUCAGGACGCUCGACAUGCAUUGAAAUUCCUAAUUUAUAGUUUUUAUGAAUGUUUCACUACCAAAAGGAAACAAUAAAUAUGUGUUCCCUUCUCUUUUUUUUUACCUGGCCAAAAAUGGUUUCGGGGAACAAGACACAAACACACCAAUAUGAACUGGUUUUUAUAUUUAUGGAAAUGAACAGAAAAAAAGCAGGAUUUGUCUUCUGUAUUUUGAUAUCAUACCAGUACCAGCUUUCAUUUGUAAAGCAGUUUAUGUGAUGUGUGGGAACUGAGGAGAGAGACGAGUGUAUCCAGUUUAUGAGAUUGAUGUAAUAAAUGCAAAUAGAAGAUAAACUAUUAAAGAAACAUAUUUUCUAAUUUUUGCAGUGCA